UCCUGUGACUGUGAUGCGUUCAGGACCCGCCCUCCUUCUCCUCCUGCACUUGUCAAAGGGCACCGAUCGCAAAUUACAUCACACUUSAGCCCACYGACGCACACGCAAAUAACCCAUCUGCACGCAGCAUUUUCGAAACCGAAUUUUAAUAAUAACAGAUCAGAAUGCUUCCUUUCAAGAGAACUUUUGACMGCGAAAAACAGCAACUGCAAGAGCUGAACAGCAGACUUGCUCAGUAUCUAUCCAGGACCAAGCAGCUGGAGCAAGAAAACGCGCAUCUGAUAGCUGAAAUUAACAAACUGAAGCGCGGCAGCGGGACGGCGGAAUGGGAGCAGAGGUACAAAGCAGAUAUGAAGGAUCUGAGGAGAAUGGUGGGGCAGAUCUCCUUCGAGAAGUCCCAGGCGGAGAUGGAGAGGGAGAAGCUAUGGCGAGAGUUGCAAACGGUCCGGUCUCUGUGCAGCGAGCAGACCGAGGCGUGCAGGGACGUCAGCGGCGAGCUGAAGGGCUGCGAGCAGGAGCUGCAGCAGGCGCACAAAAUUAACAGCGAUCUGCAGCAGCGGCUCCUUCAACUGGAGAGCGAGUACAAGCUCUUAGAGGACGCGCACAGGCAUGAGACGGCCAAGCUCCGGCAUCAGGUGGAGUCCCGGGUAGUGCCCAUCAUCACGCAAACUUAUCACGGACCCCCGGUGGUUUCCGUGGAGGAGGUGCAGGAGUACGCCCGCGGGCUGUCCGAGGGAUGGAUAGAGACGUUUGAAAUGUACCAACAGAAAGUGGAAGAGAUGGAGCAGUCGAUCAAAGCGGACCAGGCGAGGCUGUGCGACCUACAGAAGGAGAAGAUGCUGUACGCGUCCGAGCUGGGCAAACUGCGCACGGAGGCGGAAAAACAGGGCCAGGUUCAAAUGCGCCUGGAAGAGGAGCUCAUGCACAUGCAGGACAAAUUCCGAGUGGAUUUAAGUGAACACCAGAUAAUUAUUGAGCAGCUGGAACAUGAGAGAAACAUUCUGGCUGAGGCUAUGGAAGAGAAAAUGAGGGAACAUCAACACCUUCUCCAAGUGAAAAUGGAUCUAGGCAUGGAGGUGGCAGCGUACAGGACUCUCCUGGAAAGUGAAAGAGUUGGUAUGCAAGGUGCUAACAGGAGGAUGUCCCAACAUCAAAGAGAGAGAAUAAUAGAUAUCAAGGUGCCUGCCCAACAGUACUCUCCAAGAACUUCAACCUUAACCUCAAGAAGACAUAUAGAUAUGCGGUAUGCAUCACCAAUAAACCUGAGAAGACCACCUGUGACCUCUUCUGGGUCCAUAAGUCCCUCCAGGGUCAUUCCCAUUUCAGUUGCAGGAAGGGCUCGGCAUCAGAGUCCAGCAUCCAGAAGGGAUAUGAUCUCGUUCAGCAAAGCUCGGGCUGCCACUUCUGAGCCUACUACUGGUACCAAAAUUGGCCAGGAUAAAAACAAAAUAAGUAAGCCUGCACAGAAAACGGUAGCAGAGGAGAAAACCAUGAGAUUCGAACAGGUCCCUUAUGAAAGCAAAGCCAGUUUUUCACCAGAGACAAAGUCGGUAAGAGUGCUGUCACCCCCAGCAAAAAGUAUUGCUCAAACUGUCACAGAAAGCAAAAGGCAGGUGUCCAAUGAGAAAGAGAAAGGUUAUGCUCAAGAUAAGUUCAAAGACAAAGAGAAGGCAGAACCUAUAAUUGAAAAAAAGAUACUGGACUCUGUAUCUGUAGAAGAGAUUAUUGAGAAAGUGAUCAAACCUGCAGGUUUAGAAGCCAAGGCAUGUUCAUCGGGAGAGUCUAAGGUCAGGUAUCAUGUGGAGAAAAGUGAACAGGAAGAUGGCACUACUAAGACACAGAUUGUGCUGGAGUCCAAAUUUGAAGAAGAGAUGGAUGUUUCUGAGGACUCUGCCCUGGAGGAAUUCCUGAGCCAGGGUGUGAAGAAGGUAUCACUGGAGGACAUAGAAGAUACAGCAACAGGUACCAUGAUUAAGAACCUUCUAAGUAGUCUUCAAGGGGGAGAAAACAUGGAAAAUAAGUCAGUCAAUGUGGAAAUUAUUGAGGAGCCCAUUGAGUCUUUCAGUGAUGAGGAACUUGAAGAUGAAAUAAAAAGAAAAUCAAGUUCUUAUGAGCCCUCAAGAUAUUUCCAAAUUGAGGAGAUGGAAAACGUAACUCACGAAUAUGAAGAAGAGAAGAGUGAUGAUAAUGCCAUAAUAGCCUCCAAAAGAGGCACAGACCAGCCCACUGGUGGAUCUGUGCAUGUUCAGGAGUUCUCUAGAGAAAACAAAUCUCCUAACUUCUCCUGUGAGCAGGAGCAGGAGUUUCAUGAGUACUUUGUGUCCACACCAGACGAAAAUCUUUCUGAACCUGAGGAUGGUGGAGGAAUAAUGUCAUAUGGCCAUUAUGGCAUUGUAGAUGAUCUGUCUGAUGAGAGGUAUUACCAAGAUGAAAGUCUUCCCCAGAGAAAAGUGAUAGUAGAGGAAAGCGAGGAAUACCAGUACAAGUCAAGCAAUCACUCGUUCCCCAAGGAAAGUUUUCCAGAGUGCAUAAUUGAAGAAGAAGUUCGGGUAUCGCCUGUAGUGCAAGAAUCCAUGCUUGAGUUCCUGAGAGAGGAUUCUUUGGAACCCAAAGAGCAGCUGAAGGGAGCCUUGGAGACACUACAGAGCUCAGUCUCUGGUCCCCUGAGGGACGAAUUGGCUUUCCUCACAAAAAUGAGCAGCGAAAAUCCAGAAAACGUGGCAAUCAAAAAAGUCGAGCAGUCAAGUGAUAAUGGAACUAUGACUAUAGUUGCAGAGCUAAAUGUCUCACAAACCCUUGAAGACUCUGGGCUGUUGGAGGAAGGAGAUGAUAUUUCCGAAGAGCAGAUAAUGAAAGCUCUCAGAUCUUCCAACCUGGAUCUUGAAAAGGCCUUCCAAGGAGGAGCAGGUUCAGGGUACAGCAUCAGAGUGUCCAAAGAAGAGGGGGUUGCAUAUGCUGAGGGCUUUGAAGGCUUUGGCAGCAUAGAGGAAUCUGCAUCUAAAAUAAUUGAGAAACACAUAAAACUGGAACCAUCAGAAAAGUCCUUCACCUUCCAGAUGGAGGAAACGGGUGAUCAUGGUGAGAAGAGCUCAGAGCAGUCCCAACUCUUCGAAAAUCCAGAGAAGAUUUCUACUGAAAAAAGAGUUGCAACAGUUUACCUUGAAAGGCCCUUAGAAGACUGACCGGGAUUUUUUUUAGAAAGUGUAAACAUUUAUACAUAAGCUUUAUGCAACAUGGCAGUGCCACUGCUAACAUAUGCUUUAACAAUGACAUACUGAUGCAGAUAUGGUGACAUUAGAACUACAAACCCCAGUCAAUCUAUCAUGACAAAAUUUGGAUGUUGGUUACAAUCUUUGUAUUAACUUCAUUUUCACUUUCAUGUAGCUUGGCUUAUACACUUUGUAUUUUUUUGGUAUUAAACUUCUUUGUGGCGCUUUUAAAAGCCUAUUCCACAGUUUACAGCAGACCACUAACUCAGUCAUCAUGUGCCAAAUUGUUGAAUCUUUUGGAACAACACUUGUUACAGACCAACACGGCACUGGGAGUUAUGGGUGCUGUGCACCGUUUGCAGAUUGGGACUUCUUGUGCCUUGAGCACCUUACCAAAAUGGAGUGAUGUUGGUAGAUGUUACAUUCUGAGGACAUAUGUUACAUUUAAAUGAAAUUACUGAAUAUUAAGAAUGGAUUGAGUUAGGAUUUCACGUGGAAAGUGUCUACUGAAUGUGACAAAAAACUAGCUAUAUUUUGAUUAUCUACCUUUAUUCAUUAUUAAUAAGAAAUUAUGUAUGUUUUAGGAAGUAAAAUGUGUUUUGAGCAACAGAUAUAAUUUACAAACAGAGAAAAAGUUGUUUGUUUUAACAAUAUAUUCACAUGUUAUUUCACACUGCUGUGAAUUAUUGGAUUGACGACAAAUAUUCAAGAUUCACACUAGAUGAUGGGGUCAAGUUGAAAUCCUUAAUCAAUAACUUUAAAGAAGUUUAUCUGCAUAUAAAUGAAGGCAAUAAGUAGAAGAAGCAGGAUACAUUCAAAAAUUCUAAUGAUAACUAAUGGUGAUAAUAUGGUUGUGAAACAUAUUGUGUAUGUUUGUGCAUAUAUCUAAGGUAUCACGGUGUUGGCAUGAUGGAUUCAGUUUUGCUCUGACCUAAGAGGGUUCAGGACUAUUUUUGGAUCAUCAGCUUAGUGGCAUUGAGUGUUCACAAGGUGUUGUUGUCUUGUGUGCUGUUUGCCGAGGCAGAAUUAGUGUGCAAUGCAUUCAGUCUGCUUAUUUGUUUCAGACAUUUUCAGCAUAUUUGAUUAUUACACUUUAUGCAGCAAUUCAUUCACAAAAUCGCAAUUUGUCAUUAUAUGUAGCACAGACAUGAGAUAUUUAGUAUAAACACACUUAUCUGUUAGAGCUCUUCACAAAGAAAGAUUUGUUGCGUUUAAGUGCCCAGAUACAUCAGGUUUCCACAUAUUUUCUGAUCUUUUCUCCAUUAACAUUUAUAAAUUUGGAAUACAUCUUCAUGCAAACUGGUAUCUGGAUACCAUGUGCCAACACAUUUUAUUCACCAAGAUUAAUAUAUGGAAAAUCUAUUGAUUUAUAAAGAGGAUAUGAGUCAAUGUUUAAUGAAUGAGGAACAAACAAAAUGAUAUGUAUUUCAUUUUAUUGAUUUCUGUUAAACAGAUGACACAACUGCUUUGGCUGAUGGGGCUUUCUGUAUUUCAUUGAUGAAUAUCUUAACAAUAUUAAAAUAUAUAUUAUAUAU